AUGGCCGGCACCAAGGAAUCUCAAGGGAAGCGGGUGGACAUCCCGCGGAACUGGGAAGAAUGGGAGCAUGAGGCCCGAAAAGCAAGGCUUAGAGAUAAGCAAGGCAUCGAGGCCAUGAUUCACGACCAACGCGGUUUGAAGUCAGGAUCUUACAUCCCCUUCAAGCAGUAUCUUCAACUUAAAGUUAUAUGGGACAGACGACUUGAUUGUGUGGACGCUCCCAAAGGUCUCGGUGUUCUCGAGGUAUACGUCACGGCCACGAACUGGCUGGCUCAGUGCACCACCUUCAAGAACUAUCUGGAAUCUAUGGGGGGCUCAACAGACGUCGUCCCUGCUAUGGGGGUGUUCAGAAUCCCCUUUGAGCACCAAACUACUGUCAGAAACUUCAAGUUUUCUCAGGGAUCAGCCAGUGUCGAAGCAAUCAACGAACCAGUCGUGAAUAACUCACUGGUCGAUCUGCUCAUGGCAAUUUGUACCGAGCAUCCAGAACUACAAUCAAUGAAAUCAACGUCUCAACAGGUUGCCUUUGCCGCAAAUUUUGGGCAAAACCGCAAGGAAACUAAGAUGACGUGCCAUACUGACGGGGUCUUGGUCUCGAGGUCGUCGUCGCAGACGGAGCUCAUCUUGGAGGUCAAGGCUAGAGUGCGCGAAGAGCAUGAGCCUGCGGUAACCUACCAGGAGGCCGCGGAACUUGUUUGCGCUCUGAGCAUGUCGCCGCCUCAAGGCAUGAAGCGUAGCCAAGCAAUUCUGAUCUAUCAGGAUUCCACGGAGCUAUACAUCACCAAAGCCGUCGCUAGCGAUGAAUACAUCGCGUUUCUGUCUGGCAAGGAAAAUCCGAACGAUGAGAGCGGCUUUCUUCGAAUCAAACAGUGGGGGCCCUGGGAUAUUGAAUCGCGCCUCGAGACCAAGAACUUCGUGAGCGUCGUUUUAGCACUGAUGUUGCAGGCUGCAAGUGAGGAGAGCGAGCGUUGCCGGGUCAGGCCGAGGAUGAGUUGA